CCUAAAUUCCCAUGCGCGUGAGCCGGUGCGAUACAAUAGAUCCAGGCUGCAGGGUAGACUUAGGCCAGACUGGUAUUAUAAUCCUUUUAUUUGAGGUUUGUGCAGAGUUCAGUGGUGUAUCUUUGAUUUGAGAUGGGCGGUACCGUAUCUAGAGACGAUUUUGAGUGGGUUUACACCGAAGAACCACAUGUUUCAAGGCGGAAAGCAAUAUUGAAAAAAUACCCUGAGGUGAAGAAGUUAAUGGGUCAUGAUAACAACACAGCUACUACAAUGGUUGUCAUGGUGUUGACCCAAGUGCUGACCUGCUACCUAAUCCAAGACCAGUCGUGGUUGACCAUUCUUAUCGUCGCGUACUGUUUUGGUGGUAUUGUGAACCAUGCUAUGACGCUUGCCAUCCAUGAAACUGGACAUAACCUAACAUUUGGACAUGGCCACCCGAUGCGAAACCGCAUCAUAGGUUAUAUUGGUAACACCAUCAUCGGUGUACCAAUGUCGGUGUCGUUCCGACGCUAUCAUCAUGAUCACCAUCGUUACCAAGGACAGGAGCAUUUGGAUCCGGAUAUACCAACUCAUACUGAAGGCAUACUAUUUUAUAACAGAGUGACCAAAAUGAUUUGGAUGUUUUUUCAACCUUUCUUUUAUACAUUGCGUCCAUUUUUCUUACGACCAAAGGUUCCUGGCCCUCUAGAAUACUACAAUCUCAUUAUUCAAUUGGUAUUUAAUGUCUGCCUUGUAUAUUUCAUGAGCUUUAAAGCAUUGUCAUAUUUACUACUGAGCACAUUCUUAAGUUUAGGGAUUCACCCAAUGGCAGGACAUUUCAUCUCUGAACACUACGUAGCUGUUGGAGAUUAUGAAACGUAUUCUUACGAUGGACCAUACAAUUACUUGGCUUUCAACGUCGGAUACCACGUUGAGCAUCAUGAUUUCCCCAAUAUACCAGGAAAAAAUUUACCACUGGUAAGAAAAAUUGCUCCCGAGUUCUAUGAAAACCAGAAAUGCCAUGAGUCAUUCGCAGCCGUUGUAUGGGACUUCAUCAUGAACCCAGAGAAUGGGCCAUUUAAUCGUAUUAGGCGACCAGAUUCACGGGACCCAACUCUACCGGAUCCAUGGAUCCGUUAAGCUAUUAUACUAUCGAAUGUGUAAUAAAGGCGCUUUUCAUUAUAGUAAUGUGCUCGCAGAUUUUAUUUAUGGCUAAUUUGGAGGAGGUUAGUCAGUUUUAUUUUGUAAUAUAAUUAAUACUCGGAUGGCCAUUAUAGCACAGUUUUGAAUGUAACUUUAGAGUGGGCUUAGAAGGUAACUAUAGAUUUUCUCUCUUGUUUUUAGACAAAAUUUGUUAUGCUCUAUUAACUCUUGCCUUAUUAUGAUGAGGCCUAGGAUGUGGAAGUGUUUCAGUUGCAAGACAAAAUAUAUGUGUUUUUUUUAUAGGCUUUAAACCCAGGAGCCGGGGAAUUGAAGGUGAGCAUUUUUACCAUUAAGCUCCAGCUUAACUUCCUUGAUGAAAAUCACUCCUAGCGACUAAAAAAUAUGAUCCAAAUAUCCUACGUAUAAAGUUGUUACAUAUGCUUAGAAUGUAUACAUGUAGUAGUAUGAAUGUAUUUCUUUUCCAAAAGGUAUUAAAUGAAUCCAGUCAAUGUUGGCAUGGAAUAAAAAUAAAAACAAAAUAUGCAAGUUAUAAUUAAUAAUACGCAGUCUUCUGAACUUUGUUUUAAAGCAAGUAAAAAUUAAAAUUAUAUUAGUUCCUUAUAUUUUGAAUAUUUGUCACAUAAAAUUACAUUGUGAACAUGUAUUUGAAAAAAGGCUACAUCUUAGAAUCACAACACUUGGAUAACUCUAAAACUACCCACAAUGAAUAUUUGGAAAUACAGUAUUGUACGCAAAACACUUAAUAAAAUAUUUGGUAUGUGUAUUUUAUACAACAAUGAGGUUGAUAUUUUUGAUAUAUUUAAGUAUUAUUUUUAAGCAUUAUCUGAGUUUUUGUGAUGUGUUUGAACAUUACUCAAAACUAUUAUACUACCAAAUAUUAGAUUUACUUAGUCAUUACUUCCAGCAAAACUAUAUUGUCUACUUCAUGAAAACUAUAUUGUUGGAUGAUGGAGGUGUGGCAUGGGUUUGUUUCUCCUUGUUUUAACUGCUAAUAAUUACAUAUUUAAUAGUUUAAUUAACUACUAAUAAUUUAAUAGAUAUAAAAGUUUUGUUCUAUAUCGUAUCCAGUUAUAAUAUAUUAAUGAUUUGAAAAUGUCUUGCUUGCCUCAAUUAUAUCAACACUAUGUGAUGUGAAAAACUAAAUUCAGUGCAGUAAAAUUUAAAAGUAUGAGCAGCGCCCUCUUUGUCUAGAUAUACUAUAGUUUUUGUAAGCUACCUAUAGGUGGCGCUGUUGCAUUUUAGUACUUAUUGUAUACAGUACAUUAUGCAGUACAAUUUCUAACAUAUAUUAAUAAAUAUUUAGAAAUUGAUGGAAUGGAACAGUAGCCUAUUAAUGUGAUAUAGUUUUAUAGAUCAAUUGUGGAUGCCUGGUUUCAUUCACAUUUUUUUUUCAGAAUUUAUCUUAAUUAUUACUGUAUACAGUAUUAGGAAUAAUUUAAGCAGCUUUACACUGGUUUUCUAGCUGAUUGAAGUGGAAAAAAUUGUAUUGAAUAUUGAAGGCUUUGAAUGUAAUGUUGCUGGAAGUACUAAUAGGGCUAGAGUUCAGAUUGUAUCAAUCAAUUCUUAACUUGUACUAUAAACUUAAUAAAGAACAACAGCACAUAUCAGCACAAAGAUUUAGUCAUAUUUAUGAUAUAACCAACCUACCUGGACAGAUAAUAAUAUUCACAAAUACAAGAUGAUAAAAGCAAACAAUUACUAUUAUGUUUAUUCCCAUUGUAAUUUAAAAUUGUAAGAUAACUGUUUCAGUUCAGUGUGUGUGGGUGCAUUUUAUAAUAAUGUACAUGCUUUGAGAAUUUAUUUAAUGAGUAUAUUAGGAAUUUAGGUAUUUGAAGUGUAAUAUUAGUGCAAAUACUAAGGAAAAUAUUAGGAACAUGAAGCUUUAAUGUUUUGUUUUAUUAAUAUUGGAAGCACUAUUGCUGAAGGGUUCAAUAAACACAGUCAGCUACAAGAAUCACAUGACCUUUCGUUAAUAUAAUAGUAUUAAAACAGACAUAGAAAAAUGCAUGAUUUCUUUUGUAAGGCCAGUAUAACAACUGUUUGGUGAGGCAUGGCACAUCAAUGAAACAUUACAAUUUUAAAACCAUUAACCAUCAUUGAUGUCUGUAAAUUCAAUAAUUUAGACAUUUAGAGAAUGGUAUUAUAUAUCUGUUAAUUGACAAGAAAAUUUCAUUUCAGUUUACAUAAUAUAAACAAAACUGAGAGCAUUUAAUGUUAGAUUUACAU